GCCUCCCCGAGCUCCGGCGUGGGCAAUCCAUCCGAUCUAACGGCCCACGGACCACGGCCGAGCUGAUCCUGUUGCAGUCUUUCCCCGGCUAACCGCUGAGGCGCCGACGAGUCAACACACCUAAGAUGGCGUCGGCGGCGGCGGCGGCGCUGGCGGCGGCGGGGAAGCGACAGUUAUCCGAGGACGACCUGUACCUCAUCCUCCACAAGUACUCGCCGGCGACGAUCCUGACGGCGCUCCAGGAGGUGACGCAGCACGCGCAGCGGAGGAGCAUCGACUGGCGGGCGCUGGUGGCCAAGACGGCCACGGGGAUCACCUCCGCCCGCGAGUACCAGAUGCUCUGGCGCUACAUCGCCUACGGGUACGACUUCGUCGAGAACGUCGAGGACGGCAGCCCCCAGCCACUGGGUGAUGAGAGCGACUUGGAGUGUGAGAUUGAACCCUCUCCUAAGCCGAGCAACGAAGCCGCAGCCGAGGCCUCACGGUUCGCCAAGAUCUUGAUGUACGGACCUUCACGCGAGCAAGGUUCUAGUCAUCGUGCUAACUCAGAUGUUCCUCUGCUAAACACUCCAAAUGAAAAGAUACCACGUGUUUCAUCUGACAAACAGCUUGCUCAGAGCCAUCGUCUAACAAAUGGUACAGGUCCAGUUUCCAACUCAAAGCAGGCACCCCAUACAGGGUUAUCUCCUGAUUCUUUUGAUGGGAAUGGACCUCAUAAUAAAAAGACAAAGAAGACUAAAGCAUGGACUAAGGAUGAGGAUGCAGAGUUAAUGGCUGGUGUACAUAAGUGUGGUGAAGGAAAUUGGCUGGACAUUCUGCGUAAAUAUAACUUCGAUAGCACAAGAACUUAUGGUCAAUUAUCUCAGAGAUGGGCAGUAAUUUCCAAGCGUCAAGCAACAACCAAGCCUGCUAAAGCUAAACCAGUCACCGGGGGAUAUGAUAUGAAAGCUACUCAAAAGGCAUUCUUUAUGGCUCUUGAUAUGCCUAUGGGGAAGCCUGGUGGAUUGUCUACAUUAAGAUCAGGAGCUUCACAACAAAGCACUCAACAUCCUGCUCCAGUAUUUGGUGCUGCGGCACCUGAGUUAAAAUCUGCAACAUCCUCUUCAUCAUUCUCGUUGCCAGUACCAGUGGUGCCAAGUGCAGCCCCUGGGCCUGUGUCAGCACAAGUGCAGGUUCAACCUCGGGUGCAACAAGCUCCUUCUCAAGCUGCGCCCUCAAAAGUGUCAAAUGCUUCAAUCAAGUCACGAAAUAGCUCUAAGAAGCAAACUGCACAAGCAAAUCUUACAAAUGCUCCUUCGUCUAUACAAGCUGCAGCUAUUGCUGCUGGUGGACGAAUCGCCACAGCAAGCAUCGCCACCAAUUUAUUGAAAGCUGCACAAUCCCCGCAAGCUGUGCACAUAAGAUCUCGAGGAAAAGGGUCUUCAAAAACUUCUACAAGCUCUAAAGCAUCCACUGUGGCUGGUGAGCCUGGAACACAGACUGGCAGUGCUCAACACUCAGAACUUCCAAACUCCAGUGCCCCUAUACCAUCUCCUACGGUUUUGAUAACACAGUCAACCGAGCAAGUUAAUGUUGUGCCAGAAGUUGCAGGAGUUAAUCCCCCGGAACAAUCUGCUAGUGCACAUUUGUUGGAACCUGAUAGAGCAUUGAGCACCACACCAGUGCCUGGCCCAUGCGACAAUAUGGAGAUUGACGACGACUCAACAUUUUGUGUAGUCACGAUGGAGGACUUGUUUCCUGAAGACGUGAAGCAGCCAGAGACAGUGAGUCAGCCAGAGACAGUGAGGCUGCCAGAGAUGGUGAGGCAGCCAGAGACGGUGAGGCAGACAGAGACGGUGAGUCAGCCAGAGACGGUGAGGCAGCCAGAGAUGGUGAGGCAGCCAGAGACGGUGAGGCAGCCAGAGAUGGUGAAGCAGCCAGAGAUGGUAGAUCCCAAAGCCGAGGAGAUGAUAGAUCCCAAGGAUGCUGACAUGCUGGAGUUCGAUCGCUUUGUUGCCCAAGGAUGCUUGACUACAGAUUAUUCUGAUAAGAGCAAAGGUGUCAAAAUUGCUCCUGGAGCUCAAGGAGCUACUGCCAGCCAGAAGAAGAAGCAGCUACCCACAGUUGGGAAAAGCAUCCCUGUGUUUAGAGCACCAGUAACCAUGAAGAAGACCAAAGCUCUACCUUCACAUGGGGCGACGCUUGCAUCAACUGUCGCCUCUAGUGGCCUUGUUGGCACAGGCAAUGCUGGUGUGCUGAGUAAAGCAAUAUAUCGGAAGCCAGCUGGUCCAGGCACCACAGGCAAACAAAAUAGGUGCCAAGAAAUUAUGGCCCAGAAGCAGCAUGCUAUGAACUCAAAUAGUAGCGCAAUGGCCAGGAAUGCGGCUCCCGGCACCGGAACACCAGCCAGGAAUGUGGCUGCCGGCGUUGGAGCACCAGCCAGGAAUAUGGCUCCCGCCACCGGAACACCAGCUAAAAGUGUGGCUCCUGCCACUGGAACACCACCAGUCAGGAACACGGCCCCUGCCACUGGAACACCACCAGUCAGGAACACGGCCCCUGCCACUGGAACACCACCAGUCAGGAACACGGCUCCCGGCACUGGAACACCACCAGUCAGGAACACGGCUCGCGGCACUGGAGCACCACCAGUCAGGAACACGGCUCCCGGCACUGGAACACCUGCAGUCAGGAACACGGCUCCUGGCACCGGAACACCAGCCAGGAACUCGCUCACUGGCACCGGAACACCACCGGCCAGGAACUUGCUCACCAGCACAGGAACACCACCAGCCAGGAAUGCGGCUCCUGUCACCGGAGCACCACCAGCCAGGAACUUGCUUACCGGCACCGGAACACCACCAGCCAUUCGGCAACAUAACCCAGCGGUGAAUGGGGCUAGCAAGGGGAAUCCGCCGGCCAGCCAAUAGCCAGGCUAAUGACAUGGUAAAUGCUGUAAUAAUGCUCCUAGGGAUAAUGUGAAUAGGGUGUCACACCCGUAGAGUAGACAUCAUUAUUUUUGUUUUUCCCCCCUCCCCUGUGUUUGCUCCCUUCUUUUCUGAACCAAGUUGCUGAGGAACACAGUAGGUUUGGUUGGUCUUACUUUCAUAGUGCCACUAGUAAUUAGAAGAACCCAAUUGUUAGGGGCACUGAUUCUCGGUGUGGGAUCGCAAUUGCCUUAGGUUUUUUUUGUA